AUGGCCUCCAACGACGACACCAAUAAACCAGCCGACACUCCAGACACCACGGACACCGCGGACACCACCACUGCCGCACCAGACAAUGUCGACUCCAAUUCGUCCUCUCGCAACCCCCCAGAAGACAUCCCCCUCGUCCCUCCUCCCUGGACCAUGAAGGGCGACGUCUACUUCUUCUCAUGGUGGACCUCGGCCGCCCAGGUCAAAGCCGGCCUGCCGUCCAUGGCAUACUCGCCCCUCGAGGCCGCCUCCGACUACGCCGGUCCCGCCUCCGGCAAGCCAGUCGGCGGGCUCAGCAUGGUGCAGAUCCUGCGCUACAGCGACUCCCCCGUCGGGCCAUAUGACGAGCUUAUUGUCGUGCCCGGCAGCUUUGACUACACCCGCGACGAUGCCCAAGGUCGGAAGCGCACCGGCCGGAACCCAAGGAUCUCCAGAAUCUACGUCUCUCAGAAGCAUACAUGCUACAAUGGCCGGAAAAACUGGAACGUCCCCAAACAUCUCGCUCGCUUCGACUGGUCCAAAAACACAGACGGUUCCACCACCGUCAAGGUCUUCCCUCACGACACCAACCCCCAAGAUACCGCCGAGGUUACCGCCAGCCCUGUGCCAUUCUUUCAGGCCACAUUCAAGCCGUGGCGCUUCGCUCCGAGCUUCCCCUUGCGCACCUCCUGGAUGAACUACCUCGGCAUCACCAGUACCCUCGUCCUCCCACCUCUGCCCGAGGGAAAUGGCAGCCACGGCGAGCUCCCCGGCACCAGCCGCUGGUGUAAAAUCGUCCCUCAGCAAUACAGUCGCCGUACUAUGAUCGGAUGGUUCGAUGUUGCCCAGCACCGCGAUGACAACGGUCAACUUACCGGCGACCACGAGAACUUCUGGCCUAGUCUUGGGCGUUGGCAGCUCGGCAUGAAGAUGGAGAAUGCCGAAUUGGCAUUUAAUGAUCCUGAGGAGUCGUGGGAUCCCCCCAGGUCUAAUCUCUGA